AUGGGUACGACAUCGUCGCAAAUUGAUGGUCAUUAUCAGCCGAGUUUCGGUACAUUUCAUGAUUUAAAAGCAAUCGAUAUCGAUGGCAAAGAGCGAUCCAUGUCAGAGUUUCAAGGCAAAGUUCUCCUGGUUGUCAACGUUGCAUCAUCAUGUGGUAAAACAGAUCGUGAAUAUUCACGUUUAGUUGAUCUAUAUUCUCGUUAUCACGGUCAAGGCUUUGAAAUUCUCGCCUUUCCAUGCAAUCAAUUUCUGUUUCAAGAACAUGGUUCGUGUUCGACCAUCAAAUCUUUUAUUAAAAAAUAUAAUGUUGAGUUUCCCAUGUUCGACAAAAUCAAUGUCAAUGGAGAUGAUACACAUGCGAUCUAUGCUUGGCUAAAACAAAGCUAUCCCGGUCGUGUAACAUGGAAUUUCUCUGGCAAAUUCUUCAUUGACCAUCACGGUGUUCCGCGUGCACGGGCGAAUGAUAACUACGAAGAAAUCGAACAAAUCAUUCAACGCUUAUUAAAAGAGAAAAACGACGAAGAAGCAAAACGUUAA